GCGCGGGCUCCAGCCCCCACUGAGCCGCCAUGUUGUUGGAGUGAAAGCUUGGACUCGGAGAGUUUUGGGGCUGAAAUCCAUUUCCAUCCACCCGCUCCGCCUGUGCUGGUGGAAUGAGCGUUGCGUGUGUGUUGAAGAGAAAAGCAGUGCUCUGGCAGGACUCCUUCAGCCCCCACCUUAAACAGCACCCACUCGAGACGAGCCAGCCCAGCAUGCCUGUGGUGUUGACGACGGGGUCAGGAGCCCCCCCGGCAGGGCAGACCCCCCAGCCCGCGCCCCCCAGCCAGCCCCUCCCCGCAGGGGCGCACUUGGGCCAAGUGCCCGGGUCGGCGGGGGGCGCGGGGCGCUCCCAGGACGACGCCAUGGUGGAUUAUUUCUUCCAGCGGCAGCACGGCGAGCAGCCAGGUGGCGGGGGGUACAACAACGGCAAGCACCGCUGGCCCACCGGGGAUAAUAUCCACUCCGAGAACCAGGUCCGAUCCAUGGAUGAAUUGAAUCAUGAUUUUCAGGCUCUAGCGUUGGAAGGGAGAGCUAUGGGGGAGCAGCUCCUUCCUGGGAAGAAGUUCUGGGAGUCCGAUGACUCGAGUAAAGAUGGACCAAAAGGGAUAUUUCUUGACCAGUGGAGGGACAGUGCAUGGGGAACAUCGGAUCACUCGGUUUCCCAGCCAAUAAUGGUGCAGCGGCGACCCGGCCAGGGUUUCCACGGCAGCAGCGAGGUGGGCUCGGUGCUGUCGCCGCGCUCUGAAAGCGGCGGUCUUGGGGUCAGCAUGGUGGAGUAUGUCCUGAGUUCGUCCCCAGGAGAAAAACUGGACUCCUGCCUUCGAAAGGGAGCUUUUGGACCUCGAGAUCCCGAGGCAGAUGACGGUGAGAAAAGAGAGAAGAAGCCCAAGGCGACCUUUGACACGGACAAACUGAGCGACCUGAAGGAAGUGGAGAGUGAUGGGAUGGACAAACCAAAUGGCCUGCCUGUGCAGAACGGGAUUGAUGUGGAUGUUAAGGAUUUUAGCCGCACGCCUGGGAACUGCCCGCCGCCAGGAGCCGAGGUGGACCUCCUGGGCCCCAGCCAGAAUGGCUCCGAGGCCCUGGCCCAGCUGUCCAGCAGCAAUGGAGCCAAGCCCGUGGAGGAUUUCUCCAAUGUGGAGUCUCAGAACGUGCCCCUGGACCACAUGGAAUCGGUGGGCAUGGAGCCCCUGCAGUUUGACUACUCUGGCAACCAAGUGCCCAUGGACUCCACAGCCGCCACUGUGGGGCUGUUUGAUUACAACUCCCAACAGCAGCUGUUCCAGAGACCCAGUGCCCUGGCUGUUCAGCAGCUGACCGCAGCACAACAGCAGCAGUAUGCCCUAGCAGCCGCUCAGCAGCCUCACAUAGGUGUGUUUUCAGCAGGUCUUGCUCCCGCUGCCUUUGUCCCAAACCCAUACAUCAUCAGUGCGGCUCCUCCGGGAACAGACCCCUACGCAGCAGGCCUGGCUGCAGCUGCCACCCUGGGCCCUGCAGUGGUUCCCCAUCAGUACUAUGGAGUCACCCCCUGGGGAGUGUAUCCAGCCAACCUCUUCCAGCAGCAGGCAGCGGCUGCUGCUGCGGCAACCAACUCGGCCAAUCAACAAGCAGCAUCCCAGAACCAGCAAGGCCAGCAGCAGGUUCUUCGUGCAGGAGGUAACCAGCGCCCCUUGACCCCGAACCAGAGUCAGCAGGGGCAGCAGACAGACCAGCUGGUCGCCGCAGCAGCUGUGAACUCGGCCCUUGCGUUCGGCCAGGGCCUUGCUGCUGGAGUACCUGGCUAUCCGGUUCUGGCUCCUGCUGCCUACUACGACCAGACAGGGGCCCUGGUGGUGAACGCCGGUGCCAGAAGCGGCCCAGUGCGGCUCGUGGCCCCAGCCCCCGUGAUCAUCAGUCCCACAGCCGCUCAAGCAGCUGUAGCUGCGGCUGCCGCCUCUGCUAACGGGGCGAACGGCGGCCUGGCAGGGGGUGCCAGCGGCCCUUUCCGAGCCCUGGGCACUCAGCAGCCCCAGCCGCAGCAGCAGCCUGGGAACAACCUGGCCUCCAGCUCCUUCUAUGGGAACAGCUCUCUGAACAGCAGCUCCCAGAGCAGCUCCCUGUUCUCUCAGGGCUCCGGCCAGCCGGGCAGCACUUCCCUGGGGUUCGGGGGCAGCAGCUCCCUGGGCGCCACGCUGGGCUCCACUCUCGGGGGCUUCGGCACUGCCGUUGCCAAUUCCAACACUGGCAGUGGUUCUCGCCGGGACUCCCUGACUGGCAGCUCAGACCUCUACAAGAGGACCCCCAGCAGCCUGACUCCCAUCGGCCACGGCUUCUACAACGGGCUGGGCUUCUCCUCGUCCCCGGGGCCAGUGGGCAUGCCCCUGCCCAACCAGGGCCCCAGCCACUCCCUCACUCCACCACCCUCCCUGUCCACGCACGGCUCCUCCUCCAGCCUUAACCUGGGUGGCCUGACCAACGGCAGUGGACGGUACAUCUCCGCAGCACCGGGCGCUGAGGCCAAGUACCGCAGUGCCAGCAGCGGCUCCAGCCUCUUCAGCCCCAGCAGCCAGCUGUUCCCUUCCUCGCGGCUGCGCUACGGCAUGUCCGACGUCAUGCCCUCGGGGCGCAGCCGGCUGCUGGAGGACUUCCGCAACAACCGCUACCCCAACCUGCAGCUGCGCGAGAUCGCCGGCCACAUCAUGGAGUUCUCCCAGGACCAGCAUGGAUCCAGGUUCAUUCAGCUGAAACUGGAGAGAGCCACACCAGCAGAGAGACAGCUGGUCUUCAGUGAAAUUCUGCAGGCUGCCUACCAGCUCAUGGUUGAUGUUUUCGGCAAUUAUGUCAUCCAGAAGUUUUUUGAAUUUGGCAGCCUGGAUCAGAAGUUGGCGUUAGCUGAGCGAAUCCGGGGCCAUGUCCUGUCUCUGGCGCUGCAGAUGUAUGGGUGCAGAGUGAUCCAGAAAGCUCUGGAGUUCAUUCCCUCUGAUCAGCAAGUCAUUAGCGAGAUGGUACGAGAGCUGGAUGGCCAUGUGCUGAAGUGCGUUAAAGACCAAAAUGGGAACCAUGUGGUGCAGAAGUGUAUUGAGUGUGUGCAGCCCCACUCCCUACAGUUUAUCAUCGAUGCUUUCAAGGGCCAGGUGUUCGCUCUGUCCACUCACCCUUACGGCUGCCGUGUGAUCCAGCGCAUCCUGGAGCACUGCCUGCCGGAGCAGACCCUGCCCAUCCUGGAGGAGCUGCACCAGCACACGGAGCAGCUUGUACAGGACCAAUACGGGAAUUACGUCAUCCAACAUGUCUUGGAGCACGGCCGGGCAGAGGAUAAGAGCAAGAUUGUGGCUGAAAUUCGAGGCAACGUUCUGGGACUGAGUCAGCACAAGUUCGCCAGCAAUGUGGUGGAGAAGUGUGUGACCCACGCCUCUCGGACAGAACGUGCCAUGCUGAUCGACGAGGUGUGCACGAUGAAUGAUGGCCCACACAGUGCCUUAUACACCAUGAUGAAGGACCAGUAUGCCAACUAUGUGGUGCAGAAAAUGAUCGAUGUCGCUGAGCCAACCCAACGCAAGAUUGUCAUGCACAAGAUCCGGCCACACAUUGCCACCUUGCGCAAAUACACCUAUGGCAAACACAUCCUGGCCAAGCUGGAGAAGUACUACAUGAAAAACGGCGUGGACCUGGGCCCAAUCUGCGGGCCUCCCAACGGGAUCAUGUAAGGUGAUCCCACUCUCCUUCCUUGUACACCUUCGAGCAGAGUGCUGGCCCCCCUGAGCAACCUGCGCUGGAAAUGUAGGGCACCUGGGCUUUCACCCCCCUCUCUCACUCUCUGUGGCCCACUUCACCCACCCUUCACUUUUUGUAUAAGGUUGCUAAUUUAUUUUACAGAAGCCUUGUAUUUUUUUAAUUUGUUGAUCCACAUUGCUAACAUGAAUUUUUUUUAAUUUAAAAAGCCAACUGCCCUGUUUUUUUUCCUCCUUUUUUAAAUCUUUAUCACUGGUGUAUAGAAUUCUUGUACAUAGAUUUAAAGAAAAAAAUGUACAUGUUUGGGGCAGUGUGUUUCUCUUCACUGUUGUAUUUAUAAUCGUUGCGGAGCCUGCAGGGCAGCUGGGAUAGGUCUCUUCAGCUUUGGCAGCCAAACUUUAAGGCGAAACACCUGAGUUUCUGUCGUUAAUCAAUUAGGGUUUUUUCUUUUUUUAAACUUGAAUUAUGUUAGAAGAAAAAUUUGAUUUAAUCUCAUUUUGCUGUUUGCUACUGCUAAGGCGCAAAGUACUUUUGUUAACUUUUUUAUGGUAUUGAACUUUAAGGAAAAGUGUCAAUUUAAUUUACAAUUACUCCGUUUAAAUCCUAGAGAAAGGGGUUGGUGUGAUGCAUUUCCUGUGUCUCUUUCUCUUUUUUUGCUAACAUACAGCAGAAUUUUGAUUAUUUAGCAUGGGAGGAAAGUUUAAAAAUAAGUUUUUGGUCUUGCUUCUAUAAAUAUAUAGUGUAUACUUGGUGUAGACUUUUGCAUAUAUAUAUAAAAAAUUUGUAGUUUUUUCUGGUUUUGAUGUUCAAUCUGUAACUAUAAUGUACCCUAGUAGUGAACACAUACUUUUGAUUGUAUAAUUGUACAUUUGUAAACCUUCUGUAAUGUAAAUGUGGAAAUCUUGGAAUCAACUAUACAACCCUUUUUGGUAUAAAGAAAAAUACAAAAAAAUUAGAAACCUGUGCAUUUCAGUGUAUAUUCACACUUUUUUUGGUUGUGGCAUAUAGUUGUUGUAUAUUGUAAAUUGUAAUAUCUAUCAAAUAUUUUGUUUUGAAAAGCCCUUUAUAUACAGCAUAGUACUUGUAAAAAGAAACAAAAUGCUUCAUGAUUUUAACAUGUCACUACUUAAUUUAAACUAAAAGAAAAUUCCAGAUUUAAAAGAAAUCAUUCUUCUGUUAAAAGUAGUGACCUUUUUUUUAGACCUUUUAAAAAUGUAAUGGUUUUCCUUUUGUCACAUUUAAUGAAAAAAGGUGGAUUUAAUACCAAACCCUUUAGGUUACGCUUCUUACAUCAUUCUGUGGGUUGAAAUCUUUUCCCCUUUUUGUACAGAAAAUACCCGUAUUUUGCAUUUUUUUGUCUACUUGUAAGUGAUUGUAACAUACUGUCGAUUUUUCUUUCCUUGUUGAAAUACAGAAUUGUAACACUACGCGGUGUACAUUUAUGAAAGCCUUGUGUAUAUUUCCAAUGAACUUUUUGCAAGCACACUUGUAACCAUAUGUGUAUAGUUAACAAAAUCCUGUGUAUGCUUAUGCCUGGGCAACUAUUUUUUGUAACUCUUGUUGUAGAUUGUCUCUAAACAAUGUGUGAUCUUUAUUUUGAAACAAAAAAACCCUAAAAUUUCACAUUUUU